CAGACCAAUUAAGCAGACUUUAAAUCAACUUCUGCCUGCCACUGGCAUAUCUGCAGGAAGAACCUGCUAAAGAAACUAUUUGUGAAUAUGACUUCAACCAGAGAUAUGGCUAAAACUGCAAUCAUUUUAUGCGCAAUCUACUUCUUUGCAAAUUCUGAUGGAAAAGCUGUGAUAAAGAGGUCAGUGAGUGAAAUGCAGAUUAUGCACAAUUUUGGGGAACACCUACAUUCUGCAAACAGGCAAAACUGGCUCCUUGAGAAACUGCAGACUGUCCACCAUGAUCCCCAGGCUGCUGAAGAAGCAGCAGUGGAUGCGAAGCCCCGUGAGGUCCGAAGUUGGAGGGUGCUCCCUGAUCCCCUGCAGGCAAAGCUACAAACCAAACCAAAGGCUUGGAACAAAGGUUCUAGAGAUAUCAACUUCAAAACAAAGCCCCAGUGAGAGGGUCCUUAGUGUUGUCUUUCCAGUUAACCGCAUACAGUAGUGAGCAAUUAGGACAUUUUGUUAUUUAUUAUUUAUAAAACAAUGAUGUCUAAUGGGACAUCUGCAUAAUGCUACUUGUUGGGGAUUGGAAGUACUUCUGCACAUCUUAUUCCCAUAGCGUGCAUAUCAGUGUGGGCCUUGGCCCAUAUUACUUCUUUAGUUCUCCAUAUGGCUUACAGGGUGAAUUGCAAGGCCAGUGCAGACUG